GUAUCACUUCUAAUUGAGAAUUGAGAAAGGAUCUUUAGGGUUACGUUUUUAAUUUUGUAUGGAUUGAAUUCGAAAUCUUGGAGAAUUUUUUUUUUUUUUUUAUUACAUUGCUCUAGGGUUUAGCCUGGCAGAGUAAUGAUCUUGUUAAUGUAUUGCUUUUGGUAGUUCAGCUUGUGUAUUUCUAUUGGUGUUUGCUUAUGCUAGCUAGUUUAGUUUUCAUUGACCUCUAUAUUUUUUUAGUGACGAAAAAAACCUCCGGUCACUACUCGAGAGUGUGCACUGAGUAAACCUGACUUUGAAGAGGUCAACCAGGUUAGUCAUAGUUGAUCGGCUCAAGGUCAAUAGGUAGCUCCAGUUGGGAGUUGAACUUGUAAUUGUGUAGCUACUCCUCAACAGUCUGACUAACUUGGCUGGGUUGUUACCCGAUUGAUUUCUAUAUUGUAUUGGUAGGCAGAAAAUGAAACACCAUUCUUGGUGAAAGAAGGUGGUGGUUCAGAAAUGCAGCUCAAACGACGCUUCCACUUUUGGCUCCUAUCAGCUCUUAAUAUUGUUUUCCUUCUUGCUGGUCAGGGGGGCGGUAUUAUUCUUGGAAGAAUUUACUAUGAUAAUGGUGGAAAAAGUAAAUGGAUGUCCACUCUUGUUCAAUCAGCUGGUUUCCCUGUUCUUUUGAUUCCUUAUUUUCUUAUACCGUUGCCCAAACAACACUCAGAUUCAUCUAACCAACCUCCGCCUCCGCCUCCGCCUCCUAUGAUCAAAGUUACGAUUAUCUAUUUCUUACUUGGUGCCCUGACAGCCGGGGAGAAUAUGCUGUAUUCUGUUGCUUUGUUGUACCUCUCGGCAUCGACCUAUUCCCUCAUAUGUGCAACGCAGCUAGCCUUUAAUGCAGUUUUUUCUUUCUUCAUUAAUGGUCAAAAAUUUACCACGUUGAUUUUUAACUCCGUGAUUGCCCUAACAUUAGCUGCUUCUCUGCUAGCCAUAAACGAGGACUCUGAUAAGCCCUCGGGUGUCACUAGGUGGAAAUAUAUGUUUGGAAUUAUAAUUGCUACAGCAGAUUCUGCGUUGUACUCCCUCAUACUCUCACUGAUGCAGCUUUCAUUUCAGAAAGUUAUAAAGAAAGAAACGUUUCAUGUGGUUCUGGAGAUGCAAAUAUUCGUAUCUGUGGUGGCCGCUGGCAUCUCCACCAUCGGGCUGUUUGGUAGCGGGGAAUGGAGGACUUUGUCGGGAGAAAUGCACGCUUUCGCUGCAGGAAAAGUGGGAUACGUGCAGGUGUUGGUAUGGACGAGUUUAGGAUGGCAGGUUUGUGCUGUUGGCGUCGUAGGUUUAAUCUUUGUGGUGUCGUCGCUGUUCUGCAAUGUUAUCAGCACGCUCUCGUUGGCUGUUACUCCCGUCGCUUCGGUGAUCGUCCUGCACGACAAGAUGAAUGGCGUCAAGAUAAUUGCGUUGCUAAUGGCAAUGUGGGGUUCUGGGAAUUACAUAUAUCAGAACUACCUGGAUGAUGAUCUCAAGGCAAGAAAAACACAUAUUGCUUCUGCUGAUACUGCAACUAAUGGUUCAUCUGGUAGUGGAGAUGCUGUAGUGUAUAGCUUUGUUUAACUCAUUGUUUAUUGUAUCUAUCUACUCAAGUUGUAUAUAUCUAUCCAUCCAUCUAUUCAAGUUGGUAGUCCACCACAAAUCCUGUUGGGACGGGGUGUGAGGCACCCGAAGCGGGAAAUUUCGCCUUUUGCACUCAAGCUGGUAGUGGAGAUCCUAUAGUUGGCAAGGUGUGAAGGACGGGAGCACGGCUUGGGGGACCCACGGGCAAGGGGCAAAGGACCCCGGGGCGGGCUGGUAGUGGAGAUCCUAUAGUUGGCAAGGUGUGAAGGACGGGAGCACGGCUUGUGGGACCCACGGGCAAGGGGCAAAGGACCCCGGGGCGGGCCUUCGAGGUAGGACCCCGAGAUCGGCAACCACUAGCAGCGCCGAAGCCUGUCUUCGGGCAUGGGUCGAUAGGCCUUGACUUGGUCUCACGGCCUAUCUUAUUUUUAGGAAGUUUGUUGGGAUUUAGCUUUGUAUAAAUUAGCUUCAUCUAGGCUAAGAUAUGAUAAUGUUCAAAUCCAUUACACGAAGCAUUGUAAUACUCUAGAAUUAAUCCAUAAGAAUAUUACUACAAUUCAUUCGUUCAUAUUCUC